AUGAAUCAGGAGUAUUUAGAUUUAUGCAAAAAGGAGAUAGAAUCUCUUUUAGAGAAAAAUUUAAUAAGAAAAUCCAAAUCUCCUUGGAGCUGCACAACUUUUUAUGUUAAUAAUGUUGCCGAAAGGGAACGUGGGGUCCCUAGACUUGUUAUAAAUUACAAACCUCUUAAUAAAGUGUUAAAAUGGAUUAGAUAUCCUAUUCCUAAUAAAAAAUAUCUUUUAGAUAGAGUAAACAAUGCUUUAAUCUUCUCUAAAUUUGAUAUGAAUUCUGGUUAUCUGCAAAUUCAGAUUAAUGAAUCUGAUAACUCAGCUAAAUCAAUUAUUGAAAAAGAUGUUAAAAAUCUUGUUGCUAAGCAAAUUUUUGCUAGCUGGGAAAAAAGGAUGACUCAGUAUAGAGGAAGAGGCCGCGGUUAUGGCCAUGGUGGAAGGGGGAGUAACAAUAUGUUAUCCCAGCCAGAAUCAAACAUUCCUCUAAUAGGGGAUUGGACUACAGUUUACAAAGGUAGAAAAAUGCAACAAUUACUUGCAUCUUUAUCUAAAAUGGAAGAUAUUCCUUCCUCCUCCUCUAAUAAAAGUAAAUCAUACAAAGAAGUUGCGGUUAAUAACCCACCUCAAGAGCAAUUGGGUUAUUUUGAAAAUUCCGUGGAUGUUACCGGCUUAAAUAGUAAGCCUUUGCUUCCCUAUAUAAGGGGAUUUAAGCAGAAGCAGGAUCGAAAUAUGUAUAAGAAAGUAUAG